CCAAUCAGUCAGGUUGGAAGUGUUGACAUGGCGGCGGGCAGCUGUCAGUGUUUACUUUUAUAUUUUUCGUGAUAACACCUCAAGUACACCUGCGAGGGACCUACACUUGGCACGGACCACUGAAGGAAGACUACAGGAACACUCGGCCACACUUAUAAUUGAUCGGUCAGGUGGAAAAGACUGAAGACUACUACUACCACCACCACCACCACUACUACUACUACUACUACUACUACUACUACUACUACACCACAAUGUCUAUAUCAGCCAUCUACAUCCUGGACGUGAAGGGCAAGGUCCUUAUAUCCCGUAACUACCGUGGUGAUGUGGACAUGGGCUGUAUUGAGAAGUUCAUGCCAAUUGUGCUGGAACGAGAGGAUGAUGGCAAUAUGGCACCCAUCGUUCAGAUCCAGGAGGCCACGUUUUGCUUCGUCAAGGUCAGCAAUCUGUACGUGGUGUCGGCAACGAGGAUAAACGCCAAUGUGACUCUUGUGUUCUCCUUCCUCCACAAGCUGGUGUCCGUGGCGCAGGAGUACUUCAAGGAGUUGGAGGAGGAGAGCAUCCGUGAUAAUUUUGUGAUAAUUUACGAACUUCUCGACGAACUGCUGGACUUUGGCUACCCACAGACCACCGACACCAAAAUACUGCAGGAGUACAUCACACAGGAGGGACACAAGCUGGAGAUCGCCCCCCGGCCCCCCAUUGCUGUGACCAAUGCUGUGUCCUGGCGCUCCGAAGGCAUCAAGUACAGGAAGAAUGAAGUGUUUCUCGAUGUCAUAGAGGGAGUGAAUUUGCUGGCAAACUCCAAUGGCAAUGUGCUGAGGAGUGAGAUAGUGGGCAGCAUCAAGAUGAGGGUGUACCUGUCUGGCAUGCCGGAGCUGCGCCUGGGACUCAAUGACAAGGUGCUGUUCGAGUCCACUGGCCGAGGGAAGAGCAAAAGUGUGGAGCUGGAGGACGUCAAGUUUCACCAGUGUGUGCGUUUGUCCAGGUUUGAGAAUGACCGCACCAUUUCUUUCAUUCCACCCGACGGAGAGUUUGAGUUGAUGUCUUAUCGCCUCAACACUCAUGUGAAGCCGCUGAUCUGGAUAGAGUCGGUGAUAGAGAGACAUGCACACAGCCGAGUGGAGUACAUGGUGAAGGCAAAGUCGCAGUUCAAGAGGAGGUCCACCGCUAACAAUGUGGAGAUAAUCAUUCCUGUCCCCAACGAUGCUGACUCCCCAAAAUUCAAGACAUCGGUGGGCUCUGUCAAGUACGCGCCGGAGAGAAGCUGUAUCAUCUGGACCAUUAAGUCUUUCCCGGGCGGCAAGGAGUAUCUGAUGCGUGCACACUUUGGGCUGCCCAGUGUGGUCGGUGAGGACUCGGAAGGCAAGCCCCCCAUACAAGUUCGUUUUGAGAUCCCUUACUUCACUACCUCAGGCAUACAGGUUCGCUACUUGAAGAUCAUCGAGAAGUCUGGUUACCAAGCGCUGCCCUGGGUCCGCUACAUCACCCAGAACGGAGACUACCAGCUGCGCACUAACUAGACACACACACACACACACACACACACACACACACACACACACACAGUAUUUACGAACAGAAAACUAAUAUUGUAUUUGCAUUUUUUUGUCUCAUUUAUCUUUCUCCUUUUCCAUUCUUUUUCCUUUUCUUUCCACCUUUUCUUCAUUCUUCUGUCCUUUUUCUUUCCACCUUUCUAUUUUUCCUUCCUUUUUCUUCAUUCUUUCUUCCUUUAUCUUUCCACCGUUCCAUUCUUCCUUCUUUUCAUCCCAUCUUUUCAUUCUUACAUCCUUUUCCCCUCAAAUUACAUAAAAAAAAAAAAACAAUGAUUUAUAGAUGAUUUAAAAAUGCUUAGCUAUUGUGAAGAAAGUAAAAAAUGUGUAAAAAGAAUGCAAGAAAAAGAAUAAGAAAAAAAAAAAAGAAUGUAAGGAGAAAAGAAUGGAAGAAGAAAAUAAGAAAAAAAAAAUGUUAGGAGAAAAAAUGUAAGAAGAAAUUGUAAGAAUGUAAGAGAAAUCAAAUAGUGAAUAUAAAAAUGUGAUAAAUGAUUAUAUUGAUUUGACUUUCUGCUUGGAACUUUUUUUAUUCACUUUAUUGUUGUUAUUACUGUUUUAUAUACUUCUGUUAUCUAUCUAUCUAUCCGUCUAUCUAUCUAUCUAUCUAUCUAUCUAUCUAUCUAUCUAUCUAUCUAUCUAUCUCAAUGUUUCUUAUCUGUCUACCUACAUACUAUUUGAUAUGUAUAUACUGUACUUUGAUGUAUAUUUUUAUGGGCAAUGCUUUUCCAGCCACACACACACACACACACACACACACACACACACACACACACACACACACACACACACACACACACACUUUAUUUAUUAGUUAUGAAAAGUGUGUGUGUGUGUGUGAACUUUUGCUGAGGUGUACAGGAUGUAUACAUAAUAUUACACACACACACACACACACACACACACACACACACACACACACACACACACACACACACACGAUUUAUUUUGCCAUUAUUAUUGUUUUAUUAUUAAUUCUUAUUAGUUAUCAUAUAGUUUGCUUUGUUGUGAUGAAGGUUAGUGGUGGGUAGAGCUAACUUUAAUCUCUCUCUCUCUCUCUCUCUCUCUCUCUCUCUCUCUCUCUCUCUCUCUCUCUCUCUCUCUCUCUCUCUCAAACCUUUAAUUUAAUAUGUAUUUCACAAUUAAAUAUUUUGUGGUGACAUUUAUACA